AUGCCUCAAAAACAUACUCCAUCUCCCAAGAUGUCUCGCAGUGGAAGCUCUAAAACUCCGGAAGUAGAUGCUAUGUUUGUUGGUUGGACUCCGGGGGCAGAGAAGGAUGUUCGCAAAACGGCCCCCAGGCUGCACCAUAAGAAAAGUAGGACGGGCUGCCAGCAAUGUAGGGCGAGACGGGUUAAGUGUAAUGAAGUUCAUCCCACAUGUGGAAGUUGUGCGAGACACAAGACAACUUGUGUAUGGGGCCGUCAAGGGACACCAGCACAAUCGCAAAACACCAAGCCAAAAACAUACGAGAUAAGACCCAAAGUCCAUUCGCAACAAGAACCGGAAUCUACAGAAAGCGAUGAACCCUCUGAGUGCAGUCAACGACGCUUGACCGAACUCAGACUCCUCCACCAGUACAUGGCUUUCACUUGCAUGACAUUGAACUUCCCCGAUGACCACAGACAACAACAUGAAUGGGGGAUCGCUAUUCCCCAUCUGGCAUUCCAACACAACUCUCUCUUAUACUCAAUAUACACUCUAGCAGCACUUCACAUCGCCAAACUCGAACCCAACGACCCCUCCCACAUAUCCACCUACCAAAAAUACCUUGGUCUAACCCUCCGCUCCCACCGCGACGAAGUCGGCCAACUCAGCCGCUCCAACGCCGACGCAGCCUGCAUAACUUCCUCCUGCCUCCGAGUCUGCACCUUCGCCCUCCUCCAAGAGCGGCCUCUAACACCCUACACGCCUCCCACAGAGUGGCUCCAGAUGUCGAGCACGACAGGUCGCGGCCUCAACGUCGAAGCCUGGAAGUACAUCGCCAACGACCCCAACUCCAUCAUGCGCUCCAUGAUCCGCUCCGCCCCAGGCAUGAAGCCAGGCGGUUUCCUCCGCGAAGAAACCAGCGUCUUCCACCCCUCCAACCGUCAAGACCUCCUCCACCUCCUCCGCCGCACACCCAACGACAUCCUCACCGAGCCCUGGAACGCCCGCAUCGAAGAAGCCUAUGAAAGUACACUGAGCUACAUCGGAUCCGUGCAGCUCGCCAUCGCGGCCCAGGAGCCUCCUGCGUCGAUCUUUCGCCGCUUGGUGCUGUUCCCUACGAUGGUGCAGAGCGAGUUCAUUUUCUUGGUGAAGGAGCAGAGACCCAGGGCGUUGGUGGUGCUGGCGCAUUUCUUUGCGUUUUUGGCGGAUUUUAGGGAUAUUUGGUGGAUUGGGGAGACGGGGGUUAGGGAGGUGAGGGGGAUUGAGGGGGUGGUGGGGGAGGAGUGGAGGGGGUUGAUGGGGUGGCCGGUGCAGGCGGUGGAAGAUUCGUUUUUCUUGGAGUGUUUGGAUCUUAGCUGUUGA